AUGUCCGGGAGCUCAGAGAAAGUACCGAUCGCCUCGGCGGGACCGGAGGACCUGCAUCAGUUCCUGCCUCCGGCCUACUCGGCUGUGGCGGUCAAGCCCGCCGCCACCGGCCGGCUCCUGAAGGCCGUCGCGGUGCUCCUCGCCGGAGCCCUGCUGCUUCUCCUGGGAGCUGUGGGCGCCUUCUACUUUUGGAACAACAAUGAAAAACACGUCUACAAUGUCCACUACAGCAUGAGCAUCAAUGGCAAAGUGGAGGAGGGCUCCAUGGAGAUCGACACAGCCAAUAACAUGGAGAGGUUCAGCACGGGCAGCCGGCGCCGGCGAGGCCGUGGAGGUCCCCACGACUUUGAGAUUGGGAUCACCGGGAUCCGGUUUUCAGGAGGAGAAAAGUGCUACAUCAAGACCAAGGUGAAAGCCAGGCUGCCGGACGUGGAGGCUCUCAACAAGGACUCGCUGACCUUCGACCUGGAGGAUGAAGUGAUGCCGGCCAAGUUUGAGGAAGACCCUUCCUGGGUGGCGGCCGACACGCCCCCUCUCUGACUCCGCCUCCUCAGCAGCAAGAUCAAGGAUCUGUGUGGAGACCGGCCCAUCUUCUGGCUCCGCCCAACCUACUCAGCCAGCGGCCAGAGGAAGAGGAGGGCUGCCGCCCGCCGCCGCCGCCAGGCGCCCGCAGCCGGCGAGGAGGAAGAAGACGUGGAGGCCGAGUUCAACCCGGAGAACCCCUAUCAGAUGAGGCCUGGAGGGCGAGAGCAGAACGCCAUGACCCACGACCCCAUGCUGGACCACCAGGGCGUGUGCUGCAGCGAGUGCCGCCGCGGCUACCACUGCCAGAGGAUCUGCGAGCCGCUGGGCGGGUACCACCCGUACCCCUACCCUUCAGGGGCUGCAGGGUGGGCGUGCCGGGUGAUCAUGCCCUGCAACUGGUGGGUGGCGCGCAUCCUGGGGCUGGUUUAGGAGCCUUUUCACGUCUGGCGCCAAAGACAAACCGAGUGCAGGAGGUGGGAAAGGAAAGGCUGAGUCCAAAGCCGGGGAGAGAAUGGUUUCCACCUCCUGCUUGUCUGAGCAGAUCUGUACAAAGCAAAGAGCAUCUGGAAGUAUGUCCGCACAUUAUAAAAACAUGGCGGGGAAUCUAGGACAGUCAUGAUCUCACAUGUAAAGGUAGGCUGAGCGGCACGCCGCGCUGCGAGUCUUAUUAAAAAAACAUAGCAGCAAUUGAUUUAGAAGCUUCUGAACUCCAGGCUGUCAGAGAACAUCCAGCCGGUUAUGAUAUGCAGCUCCCAACAGCUCCACUCCACCGAAACCCGGCUGUAAAACGCCAUCUCCACACUUACAGGAAAAGGCAGGUGAGCUUGUAUUUAGAGGUUGGCUGUUUUUGUUUUUAAUUCUUUCUUUGCUGCCUGUAAAUAAAAGUGAAGGGCAUUUAGAAAAACAGCUUGAAUGAUAUCUACUGCUCGUUCCACUUUUCAUCACUCUGGUGAGAAAUUCUUUUUUUUUCUUUCCCUGGUGGGAAACUCAUCAAGUCAUGUUCUGUUGUUGCUUCUUCUCAAGAAACUUUCAUCUUCAUGUCCUUUUUUUUUUAUAAUCUACAUUCCAGUCUCAAAGUGCAAUAUCGACGAAUAAAC